AGCCACAACCACCUUUCUUCUUCUUCCCUUUUCACUUUCACCUAAUUUCCAUUGCAACUUCGUACACUCGUUUUACACGGGGGUUGCUUUUUGCUCGCUGUCUCCCCGACUACGCUUUCCCUCCACACUCGCUUGCUUUCGCUACUCAACCCAACGACGGUUCGUAAUCCGCAUCAUCAGCUACAUCAUGAAGUCCUACAUCUUUGCAGUCGCUCUAGCGGCGGCUGCUGCUGCCAAGCCGACGACAGAACAGAAGCGUGCUUCCAGUUCCAGUAUCACUCCAGUGACCGUCAAGGGAAAUGCUUUCUGGACCGGCAACGAGCGCUUCUACAUCCGUGGUGUUGACUACCAGCCCGGUGGCGCAUCCGAAGCAAAGGACCCCAUUGCCGACGAGGAUGGCUGCAAGCGUGACAUCGCCAAGUUCAAGGAGCUCGGCAUCAACACGGUCCGUGUCUACACUGUUGACAACAGUGCUAACCACGACACCUGCAUGGGUCUCCUCGCCGACGCCGGCAUCUACCUGGCUCUCGACGUCAACACGCCCAAGUACUCGAUCAACCGUGCGGACCCCCAGAAGUCGUACAACAAGGUCUACCUCCAGAGCGUGUUCGCUACCGUCGAGAUGUUCGCCAAGUACGACAACACUCUGUUGUUCUUCUCUGGAAACGAAGUCAUCAACGACGACAAUACGACUGACUGCGCUCCUUACGUCAAGGCUGUCACUCGUGACCUCAAGUCAUACAUGAACGCCCGUGGUCUCCGCAAGGUUCCCGUCGGUUACUCUGCCGCCGAUGUCGAGUCCAACCGCUACGAGAUGGCCGACUACAUGAACUGCGGCGACGACUCUGUCCGCAGCGACUUUUUCGCUUUCAACGACUACUCCUGGUGCGAUCCCUCUUCGUAUGUGACAUCUGGCUGGAACAUCAAGGUUCAGAAGUUUUCCAACUACAGCAUCCCCAUUUUCCUCUCCGAGUACGGCUGCAACACCAACACGCGCAAGUUCGAAGAAGUAAAGUCUCUCUACGGCCAAAACAUGACCAAGGUCUACAGCGGCGGCCUCGUCUACGAGUACUCGCAAGAAGCGUCCAAAUACGGCCUCGUCGAGAUCAACGGCGACUCCGUCGAGGAACUCCCCGACUUCACUGCCCUCAAGUCCGCCUACGCGGGUACUCCCAACCCUACUGGUGACGGCGGCUACCUCGCCAACGGCCAGGCAUCGCAGUGCCCGUCUCAGUCCAGCACCUGGGAUGUUACUCUCAAGAGCAACGAGUUGCCCAGCCUGCCUGAUGGUGCCAAGGAUUUCUUCGACAAGGGCGCUGGUGCUGGUCCUGGUCUCACGGGUGACGGAUCGCAGGAUGCCGGUUCUUCCACCCCGAACAUUGGUGAUGCAAGUGCCGGUGCUGUUACCUCUGGUGGCAGCACACCUACCUCUACCAGCUCUUCCACCCACUCUGCUGGCGCGGCUGCUAAUGUGCGUCCUAUGAGCUUCGGUCUUGCACCUAUUGUCUGCGGUGCUGUUGUGCUUGCUUCUUCGCUUUUCGGCGGCGCACUUGUCUUGUAAGAUAUUCACUAGCACGCUUUACCGACCCUUUUUCUCGAGCGGGGGUUGUUAUAUCAAAACUCAAUUUUUUUUUAACUACCACAUUUUUUGUUAUGUCGCGCGCUUCUCCUAGAUUAUUUUAUCAUCCAGACCCGUUUUUUAUUCUUUAUAAAGAAACGGCUCGUAGAUCAAUGUAGUGCAACGACCCAGUGCGGGCAACGUUUUUUUUUAUUUGUUAGUUUUUAAAGCUAUCUAGGGCAUUUUAGACGUGAGAAUUACAUAUCCCUUUUGUUCGUA